UAUUUCUCUGCACGUGUGUGUUGAUGUGUAGUUCUUUGACGCCAUGCCCACGUCACGAUGACGCAUGGGCUCUACCUUUGCCUUCACGCUCAUCUCUGAUCCUCCAGACUUCAAGCACAGAGCCGUGACACAACUUGUGAGGAGUCAGACUGGACAGACCAUUCAUAAAACCACAUCAACAACACAACAGCACACACCAAGCUAGACUCACAUCAGCCCACUUCUGCAGUUCACCCUCUUUGACUCACUGUGCACAUUUAUUCUUGCGGCUUUUCACUUAUGUCCCGCAAAUCCAGCGAUGACUAUAAUCUGCGUAGUAUGAGCAAUCUGAUGGGCGAGAGGAGGAAGCGAGCGUCGGAUGAUGGAGAGCGGAGUCUCAUAAAGGCUCCGUCGAGCGCCAGCCUCAGCACCGCCGGUCCCUCAGCAACGUCCCCUGCGCCGGCGGACCUGGAGCGUGCUGCGCGCAAACAGCUCCAGCAGGAUGUCACGCCGGGCUUCAUCUACGUCCUGGCCGUGUUCUCCGCCAUCGGCGGCUUUCUGUUCGGCUAUGACACCGGGGUGGUGUCCGGAGCGAUGCUUUUGCUCAAGAGGGACAUGAAUGUAACUGCCCUGUGGCAGGAGCUGCUGGUGUCCGGGACUGUUGCCGCGGCGGCGGUGUCCGCGCUGCUCGGCGCGUAUCUCAACGGACUGUUCGGGCGGCGGGUGUGCAUCCUCAUGGCCAGCUUCACCUUCGCCAUUGGGGCGAUAGUGUUACGAUCUGCACCUAAUAAGGAGGCUCUGCUGGUUGGACGGCUCGUAGUGGGACUUGGGCUGGGUAUUGCAUCCAUGACUGUUCCUGUGUACAUUGCUGAAACCUCACCGCCCCACAUGAGAGGACGCCUGGUCACUAUCAACACUCUGUUCAUCACAGCAGGCCAAUUCACAGCCAGCGUUAUUGAUGGGGCCUUCAGCUACAUGCAGCAUGAAGGCUGGAGAUAUAUGCUGGGUCUGUCAGUGGUCCCUGCAUUGCUGCAGUUUCUAGGGUUCCUUUUCCUACCCGAGAGUCCUCGCUGGCUCAUCCAGAAAGGUCUUACCCAGAAGGCCCGGCGCGUACUCAGCCAAAUCCGUGGCAACCAGAACAUUGACGAGGAGUAUGAUACUAUCAAAAGCAGCAUUGAAGAGGAGGAAAAAGACUGUGGAGGAGGUGCGAAAAUAGUCUUGCACGCACUCACAUAUGCAAAUAACUCAAAGAAACACAAUUACAGUCAUGGUUCAAGGAUUUUAUUAAACUAAGGAAAGUACUCAAGUACACAAGAGAACACCGUGUGAAUAUUGGCAAACCUAAAAAGCGUUAAAAUUUGCAGCAUCAAAGUGCUCGGAAGUCAUUUGUUUUCAAUAGGAAUUGGUGAAUUAGGGUAAAAUGGGUAUCA